AUGCGCGCAGUGGAUUUACGGUUUAAAACAAUGGCGGCAGACGGUUUAAUCACAACAGAGCAGUGGAUCAGAGACAAACUAAACCUUCAACACAUUUGUUUAGCUGAAGUUCGGUCUUUGGCUCUUCCUGGAUCUUACGAAGGAAAGAUCUGUCACGUGGGAUCAUCUCUGAAGAAUUUUGUGCGUCUGAAAACACUGGAUCUGUCCCAUAAUGCCCUCGUCACGGUUAAGGGGAUUGAGCAUCUGGAGAUGCUUGAGACACUGAAUCUGUAUUACAACAAACUGGACUCUCUACAGGACAUCUUUACGCUUCACAAGCUGCAGAAUUUAAAGGACCUGGAUCUGAGAUUGAAUCCUGUGGUCAGGAGACACCCUCACUAUCGAUUAUACUUCAUUCAUGCUAUGGUCAAACUUCGCAAACUAGAUGAUUGUCCAGUGCGAGAUCGAGAAAGGAAGGCGGCUCUCCUGCAUUUCUCAUCUGAGACUAAUCUGGACCAGAAUCACAAGAAAAAUGUUUUAACGCAAGACACAAGCUGCAGAAGCAGUGAUCUGAGAAUAAAAGCAGUGGAACAGAUGAUGAAGACUCUUUUAUUUCUGGAGGGAAAUGAAGAAGCCGCUCUUAAUGAAGUCUCCAGAAAAUAUCAAACUCUCUCCAAAAACCCGCAACAUGAUUAUCGGUCUCAGGUCUUACAGGAGGAUUCUUCUGAUGUGAUCAAUUUAAUAAAUGCAUCAGGUUAUAAAGAGCCCUCGAUACAAAACCAGGAGUCUAAGAGCACAAAUGAUAAGAAUGGUGCUCGUAUUCACGCUCGACAUGGUGUCCACAGAGUGACUUUUGGGAGUCCUGUUGUAGAAAGCCAUCAUCCAACGUAUCACAGGACAGUUCAAGGAGAGAGUAUCUUUACUCAACACCCUACUGACAAACGCUCUCCAUUACAGGUUGCAGAGGAUGAACACAGAGCUCUUGAAAUGCAAAACAGUCCAAAUCCAGUGUUACACCCUCCCAGAUUAACAUACAGGAGCAGAGGAACAUCAGCAUCAGAGAGGAAACCUCGUAGGGGAGCGUACAGGAAACCCAUGGAGCUUCUCCUCAGCAUGAUUGAGGAGCACUGGUCUGGACAGAAGUACAGUCAACAGGACAGCACGCUACUCAUAAAGAUGGUUCAGAUCCUCACCAUGAUGGAUAAAGAGGUUGUGGAUGGAGAGCAGGAGAUCCAGACUCUUAAAGAAACAGUCAAGACCUUAAACGCGGAGACUGAACUACAGGAGGAACAACAUCACUCUGAGAUCAAAGUGUUGAAACUUCAGCUUCAGCAGGCACAAGAAUCUAUUGAGGCUCUUAAUGGACAUCUAAAGAACAUACUGGAGGAGAACGUGUCUUUACAGAAACAGCUCAUCAGAGCCGAAGAGAAGCUUCUUUCCUCUCGGAUGAAGAGGAUACAGACACACGUAGAGGACAGAGCUUCAGGUGAACCGGAGGAGCUAAACAGACCGAAACAGAGAGUUCAGGAGCAACACAGAGACAUCUGGUCAGCACAUAAGCCACAAGAACACUACAAGUCUCUGAUAGCCAGAAAUGAAUGUUUACUUGAAGAGCUGGAAGAGGCUCUAAUGAGCUGAAGGUGAUGAUCUUGAUUUAUUUAUUAAACAGCUGUCUGUAUUAUAUUAGACAGUAAACAUUUGUAUAGCAUUUGUCUCGGGCUUAUUUGUGUUCUGUUUUCUUAUUUCUAUUUCCACAUAUUCCACUACAACAUAUUCUAUAGAUCAAAUGUAAAGAUGCAUAGAGGAUCUGAGGUGAAUUUGUUAUGUGACCCUGGACCACAAAACCAGACAUAAGGGUCAAGUUCUUUUAAAUUAAGAUGUAUACAUCAUAUGAAAGCUGAACAAAUAAGCUUAACAUUGAUGUAUGGUUUGUUAGGAUAUAGGACAAUAUUUGGCCCAGAUACAACUAUUUGAAAAUCUGCAACUUGAAGGUGCAAAAAAAUCAAAUUAACGUUGUCCAAGUCCUUAGCAACUAAAUUACAAAAUAUUUUUUAGUUUCAAUUAAAGUUGAUUUAUUUAACGUUUUUAACAAUUGUUUAAGUGUUUCAGCAGCUUUACAUUUAUACAAGCAGGAGAAAACACAGAAAGAUUGGUGGAGAACAAAAGCAGUACAGCGGUUAAGAUUUGACAUCGUUAAUACAGUCUGUUAGCUUAGAAAACUGGUGGGUUUUGCUAGGUUGUGAUGAGAUGUAACGCUGAGUAUCAUCUGCAUAGCAUAGCAGUGAAAACUGAUGUUUUGUUUCCUGAUAAUGUCUCCUAGAGGUAACAUUAAUAACAAGAAAAGAACAGGGCCUAGAACUGAUCCCUGCGGUACACCAUAUUUAUCCUGAGAGUAUUGAGUAAAUUAUAUUUUGAUCCAUACAAUGUGUUGUUGGCUAUUGGUACACGUAUAUCUGUGCGAUUUAUGACUGAUUUUAUGGUCCGGGUCACAAAUUUACUAACACAACACAUGUUGCACUGAAAUUAUAUAUAUUAUAAUAAAUAUUUUAUUUAAGUAUAAUAUUUAAGCAGGGUAACAGGAUGUGGGUUUAUUAUCAGAUCUAUAUUAUUGUGUGACAACUAGCCCCGGUGACGUUCAAGUCACAUGCAUGGAAAGAAAAAACAAGAACCAGGCAGUUUGUUUUUAUUUAAGACAAUGCUACAAAACAGUGACACGUUAAAACAGGUUUUUACCAUCACCACACUGUAGGACAUGCAUAUCAAGAUACUGUAUAACAUUUUAAAAAGUUAUUUAUAAAAUGAGACCGUAUUGUUUCUCCAAACAGAUGGUUAACAACAGUAUUUGGCAUUAGGCACACAAAUCACGUUAAAUACGACAACAGAGUCACUUUCUUUGACAUGUUUGAUAGGAACCGUAUGCCACAUUUCUUAUCUGAAAAUAGAUGUUCUGUAGAAGAAUAUGUCUGUACACUCUUUACUCGUCCCUUUUAACCUUCAGAUGAAUGACAUAUUCGGGUUCCCACAGUCAUGAGCAAUCUAGGCCUGGUCAGAAAUGUCCAGAAUAAAUAAACUUAGAUAAACAUUAUUUUAAUUUAAAUAGAUUUCAUUGGUUAUUGAUUAAAUCUCCUCAGUGAUUUCUUUCACAAAUUCUUGUUUUAAAGUCAGUUCUUAUCAAUGCAUUCGACAUAAUGCUUCACAAAUCAAUCUGAAAGAUUCAUUAGAAUUAAAAUGUUUAAUUUGUAUCCAGUAAUCACAAGUGAUUUAUAAAUAUGCAUUGAUCAGAAACUGUGGGAACUCUGAAUGCUGGCUGUUGUCCAUUGUGUUGACUGUAUGGCAGUGUGUUUAUAAAGAUCUCUGGUACAGUAAAUGUAUUCAUGUAGAUUUAAUACUGUUAGUUACUGCAUGUCAUUUGGCUAGAGGAUUUCUCUUGUAAACAUUUUUUUGUAGGCAGAAAUAUUUCACAUAUUAAAAAAACACAACAAAGUGCUUCGAUAUGACAUGUUAGAUAUAUAAUAACAGUGCUUUUCAAACCAAACAUUUACAGCAGAAUACAAAAUACCUUAAUGUUAAACUUUGACCUAUUUAAGCAGGCCAAGAUACAGUUUGUAUCUGAUGUGAUUUCUUUUGGG